AGUUUGUAAAGUUAUGUCUGUAUGGUUUAACCGCAAAACUGCAUGCGGUCCGGCCGUAACUUGAAAACUAAUGGUAUGCAGUUACUUUAAAAAGCACAAAAACUCGGUAGGAUACUUCGGAACUUCUCUUCAAAAUUUCACCAGGAUGGGGACGAUACGAGAACGUGGAUACCUUUGCUCCGUUUCUAUAGUCUUUGUAGCUCUUCAGAUUGUUAGAAUUGAGUGUUAUAAUUUGGAGACUCGGCUGCCGAUCGUGAAGGAAGGGCCGUUUGGCAGCUCGUUCGGACUUUCCGUGGCUGAGCACACAGUGACCAGAAGACGGCCGUCGCCUACAGAUGGUUACAACGGUAGUUUGAUCCUGGUUGGGGCGCCGACAUACAGUGCCCCAGAUGCCAUCGUACCCAAGACAGGCGGCGUCUUCAAGUGUCCCCUCAGCACAUUGUUAGAUGAUUGCGUAGACUUGAAGUUGGACCAAGAAGGCAACGAGCCAGGGGAGAACAAAACAGAUGAGUGGCUCGGCGUAACGGUCAAGAGCCAGGGGCCUGGUGGAAAAGUAGCGGCUUGUGCCCAUCGCUACAAAGCAGUGUCCUCAGAAGAGAUUAGUGGACUGGGGAGAUUUAUAAGGGAAGACGAGGAUGGCUUUGGAGGAGAAUACAUCGCGGGACUGCCCGGAGCCGGGGACUGGAGAGGGGGCGUCUUCUCGGUCAAUGUCAUCGGCGCAGAGGGCGACUUCUUUGAGCGGAGUCGAUCUUUACUGGUGGACGAGUCGACCGGCGUGGGUCUCAACAGCUAUCUGGGUUUCUCAGUGACUUCGGGCAAGUUUGGCCCCCACUUCCUGGUGGCGUCCGGCGCCCCACGGUACAGGGCCAUCGGCGCCGUGGUCAUGCUAGCCAAGGCCGGCACCGACCUAAUGAUGCAGUCCAUCAUUGAGGGAGAGCAGCAGACCGAGUCCUUCGGCUACGAAGUCUGUUCAGCUGACCUGGACGGAGACGGCUUUGAUGAUCUGCUUGUUGGUGCGCCCAUCUACUAUGACAGAACUACGGAGGCUGGGGGCCGCGUGUAUAUAUACCUUAACAAACAUCACAACGGUUCUUUUGGAGAUGUCGAGCCCAUUCGUCUGACGGGGCCAAAGGAUUCCAUGUUUGGUAUCGCCAUCACAAAUCUGGGAGACCUCAAUCUCGACGGCUUUGAGGAUAUCGCCAUUGGUGCUCCCUACGAGAACAACGGCGAGGGCGCUGUCUACAUCUACCUGGGUGGCCCCGACGGUGUAAUGCAGCCCGCGUCCCAGAAGAUCAUGCCCUCUGACCUGCCUUAUGACCUGCAGACCUCCAGGGAAAAUCGCAGUGCGUUUGGUUACUCGGUGUCGGGGGGUAUAGACUUGGACGGGAACCAGUAUCCAGAGCUGAGCAUCGGGGCCUUUGAAGCUAAUACUAUCGUCACUCUCAGGGCCAGGCCCAUCAUCAAUGUCACAGCAGAACUUCUCCUGCAGACGUCGGAGAUAGAUGCUAACGCAACAAAUGCCGAGUACAAGGGCAAGCCCACGUAUCGCUUCUAUGUGCAAGUUCGCAUGAAGUACAUAUGCAACGCAGAUAACUUUGAUGCCCCAAUUGAGGUCAUGUAUUCCAUUGAGGCCGAGGAAGAGCGUCGCGCAUUAGGUCUGACGUCCCGAAUCAUCUUUGAGGCCACUGACUCCUACGCCAUUCGGGACCUGUCCUUAGAUCUCCGGCCACAGAGCGAAGAGAUACCCAAGCGCUCAACCGAAUACAUUGCCUAUCUCAGGCCGGGAUUCAAGGACAUCUUCCGGAAGAUACCGUUCAAGCUGACCUACUGGCUGAGGGAGGUCAACGUCGACCCCCCCUUGCCAGGGGAGCCCCUUCCAGACAUCAAUGAGCUGCCCAUCCUGAAUAGCCUCUACGACCCGUCGUACGUAGCGCAGUCAAGAUCUUCAAGCCGAAUAUUCCAGCUCGACUUCAUCAAGGCCUGUGCCCAAGAUGACGGCAAGUGUAUCACUGAUCUUGACUUACGUGCCACCCUGAGACUCGAGGGGACACCCCCGACACUGCGCAAAGGCGAGCACAACGAGCUCAUCGUGGACGUGGAGCUUAAGAACAAGGAGGAGCCGGCCUACGACGCCAAGCUAACCAUCACCUUCCCCGAGAUGCUGGUCUACAACAAGGACUCGCAGCACAUUGGCUCCCGAUGUAACCAGCUGCCAGACAACAAAACGGUGAUACUUUGUGAGCUGGGCAACCCCUACCCUGAAUCGCACGAUGAAUUCUUUACCGUCAAGUUUUUUACUAGUGACGUGCCCCCAGAUGCUGGAAACUUCACCAUCACGAUGGUAGUCACAUCGACAAACGAAGAUAGUCACCCAGAGGACAAUCAUAUUACUCUGUAUGCUGAAGUGGAGAGUAUUACCGACAUGGAGCUCUCGGGAGAGACCAACAGGGAGCAUUACACAUUUGGCGGCGUGGUGCGCGGCGAGAGCGCCAUGGAGUACACCGACCAGAUCGGAGAAGAGGUGAUACACACCUGGAAGAUAUACAACAAAGGCCCAGAUACUGUGCCCGAGUCGGAGCUGACCAUCAGCUUCCCCUUCGAGGUUGCCAACGGGAAGUGGUUGCUUUACAUGACGCACAUGCCGGAGGUUCGCGGCAACAGAGGGCACUGCGAGAUUGACCCCAUCUACGUCAACGAGCUCAAGAUCAAGGAGCGACCCAGGUCACCUUACGACUUGUAUACCACCGCUGCUCCAACCAGCACCCGAAGCUUGCCUCCCAGCACAAGAGUACCGUCCACGGAGGCAUCACUCACAACAGGUGCGGCAAGGAGGAAAAAGAGGGCGGCUGGAGGCGGGGCAGGAGAGCAGGAGGAGGUGUCCAGACCUCAGAGAAGCAGCAAGGGGCAACCCUUGAAGGGACAGACAGUGGGACUGGCUUGUUCCAACAAGACAGCCACCUGUUUUGACUUUAAGUGUCACUUUGACAGUCUUGCGGAAGAGGAGACAGUACUAGUCGUCGUCAGGUCCAGGCUGUGGAAUAGCACCUUCCAAGAGGACUACAUCAAUGUAGAGCAGGUAUUCGUGGGGUCAGUCGGGCGGAUCAAGAUACUGAAUGCCCCAUACCUGAUCCAGAGUGACUUAGAAAAUGACGAAUUUGAUCUGACCACCGUUGUCAAGUCUGACGUCGACACCCUACCCGAGCCAGAGCCCCUAGCCUGGUGGAUCAUACUGCUUGCCGUCCUAGGGGGCCUCUUCAUCCUCAUCAUACUCAUUCUCUUGCUCUGGAAGGUGGGAUUUUUCCGUCGGCCAGGAACAAGAUCUGGUGGUGGUCCAGUGCGUACUAAAACUCGGCUACCUAUUGAUUCUCUUGCCUUCACCACUAAUGAAACUCCACGUGCAGCGAGUGUCCCCCUGGGAAAAAAGAAAGAAAGAAAUUUUCUCCUCGUUGGGACAGUCUUACCAUCUCAAAAACAAAGAGAAAACUUCAAAUGUGUAUAUUUGUUGCGUGCGAGACUAUCAAGGUCACCAUCAUGCACUGUUAAGAUCAGUAUGGAUGAUUACAAUUCGGUAGUUCUUAAGGCGGAGGUUCUGGUGAAAUGCCAAAAUUCUGUCAACUCAGACAUUCUACACAUUUUUCAGUGGACUUUAGCAGUGUCAUUACACUUCAGAGUUCUUGUAGUAUUGAGUUCUUUUCCUUGGCCCUUAUCCCAAUUUCUUAUGAGGUUGGACAGUAGGAAUGAAGCCCAGACAGACUAGUCGACAGUGGCAAUAAAUAUCAAAAAAUACCUUUAAAUGGUGUAAAAUCAACUGAAAACUACUCUUGGGCACACAAAAGGUUAAGAUCAUGAUAACUGUAUGCAAACAACAACAGUUUGUUAUAACUUGUUGGGGAUCAAAAUCAAGUCAAAUGUCGCAGGAGUAAGAUGUUAACAAAUAUACCAAGAAAACCUGACACAACAGUGAUCUUUGAAAUAAAGUUAAAAUAGGCAACUGUGAAAGAAUGCAUUGAACCAUCAAGAUAUUCCCAGAACAAUUUAAAAAGCCAUCAGACAAGCUGUCCACAAGUCCUGUCGACAAGCUCUCCGCAGUUAAAGAAUCCUAGAUGACCAGGGCUAGGAAUAAGUGUUGACCAAGCAUUCAUACUCAAGCUCACGUCAUCCUGCAAAUACUUUUGUCCGACCUAACUCAUACCCAGCAAGGUUCUUGAUGAAUUACUCCAAAUUUUGAUACUCGGGGUCAGUGGAUGGUACAGCCCCAGAACUGGAGUGUGCCCUUUGUCCUUCUUUCUUCAUCUUUAGGGGAAAACUCGCUGCUCCGUGGCACUAUCAAUCAUUACCGUUGUUUGGGAUUUUGUUUUACACUGGAGAGGUACAAAUUUGAGUCUAUGAUGCCCCCUUGAACACGAUAAUUGGAUCCUGAAGACUGUGUUGCGUCUUUGUAAAGAGCUUUAUUUGAGGAAAAGACACAAAUUGCUGAGGUUGGAUUUGAGCCUGCCAACUCUUUGAACCUGCUUUCUGAGACACCUGCACUAGAAAGCAAGUGGCCGUGUGUUCAAGUCCUUCCCCAGCAAGGUCAAGAUUUGUCCUCCACAAACCUUGGGAACUGCCAAGUGUACAGUGCUCUUUUCCAAAAUCUUAUGCUGGCAGAGGACAUCGCGAAAACUCAGAUUUAUACCAAUUGGUGCCUUUUGUGAAAGAAUGCAUUUUGCUCAGUGCGCCUUGUAUUUGUUGCAUUUUGGGUCCGUCAAUUCAUAUUAAGUUUUAAAAGAAGUGCCUAAACUUUCACGUUGAGGCCUGAUAAUCUAGUGUGUACCUGCAGUUGAAAUACUUGGUGUGAACUUCAAAUGCAAUAGAUACAUGUACACAAUGGAGUUGAUAAAUACAUUCACACGAGGGCACUCUAAUCACUUGACUCAGUCUUUCUUUUUUUCCUUUCUUUCAUUGCUCUGUUUAUUGAAGUGUGAUAUGACUGCAGCUUGCCUGACUGAUUCCACAGCCUUGACCUGUUUACCUGCACCAUGCAUUCAUUUUGUGGUUUUCGUUUUCUCAUGCUGUACUUUCCAGCUUUCGGUACAGGGUUUAUAUGUUGACAUGGUUUAGGAUGGUGGUUUUUGUUGUUUGAUUUGAAGUUGCCUUUUAUCUGUUGAAAGAUUUUGUGCCUGAGAAGGUUGAUGGGGAGAAGACGUCAGAUUAAAGUGAAAAGAUAUUUCCAAAAAUUAAAAAAGAUACAUGCAGAAACAGAAAUUAAAUAAAACAUGCUUAUUUUGGGUGAGAUUCACAAUCACAGAAAGCAGGGGUGCUACCCUGCCAAAGAACAUGUGGUAGCAUCGCUUAGCAACCACUGUUGACUUCAUUUCAACUGAAGGCAGUGGACCAAACUGGACACGCCAGAACCCAGCGUAGCAUAUGAACCUUGUCAAUACUAACGACUUAAUGCGGUCUUGACACUGCCUACACCAGUAGUCUACAGUACCGGAGUACUAACCCUAACCCUAACCCUUCAACUAAUUUUUAUCAAAAGGAAUGGCGUUGUUCUCUUACUUCUUUUUUGACGGGAUUCUGCACUUUGUGUUUUGAUCUUUUAAGUGAACUUCUCUACCGGAAUUAUUUUGAUUGAAUUUGUCCAAUUUUUUCGGAUGGUUGGUUCAUUGUUUUUUCAAGUAUUGGUUCAUUCAUUAUUUGUACUGUACAUGAUGUAUUGUGUUUAAUGACAAUUUGCACCGACUUCUUUUUGAUGAUAAUGUCAGUGUUCUCAUGCACAAUGUUAGUUUUGUUUUUUUUUUCCAAUGGCAUAUGUGAGGGUUUCAUAUGGAAUUUGUUGCACUCCAUUGUCAGUUUGUCAUGAGAAUGAACGUCCCCCGAUUGACGUGGUUAUCACGUGUUGAAUUUGAUGUCUUUUGCACUCUGUUUUUUUAUUGCCCUCCCUGGGAAAAAGGGAGCUGUUUUGUCCUUAUCACAUGGCACAUUUUAAAUGUGCUGAUUGAUAGGUAGGGGGGCAAUACUCAAUUCUGCCAUUCGUCAAGCCACAAGACCAGUUACAAGUAAACAGUGUUGUUCGUGCAGUCGAGUCCAUCACAAGUCUUGUCCAGAGGCUUUUUGCAGUCUGGAGUGGAUAUUUGGAAGUCUAUUUUAGGUGCAAUCGCUGUGCUGGUAUACGGUCACCUUUCAAAGUCUGUCCUAUUAGGAAUACAUGUAGAUAAAUAACCCUUGAAAGGGGAUCUUGGGGGGGCUGAAUAUUGUUUUAAGAAAAAAAACAAUCUGCCCGCUGAACUUGCCAUCGGGUAAAGAUGCCCAACUUAUAUGCACCUGUGACUAUCCAUGGCAUGUCCACUGUUGAGAAUGGGCUUUAUAUUUGGGCAAUUUGGAUUGACAUGGGUUCUUUGGCAGGUCUGUUAAUAGUACUUAGAAAAAAGGCUCAACCUGGAGCCUUAGACUUCGACGUUAACCGUGAUCAAAGAUUGAACGAGACCCACUUGCAUACUUGUGCUUUCUAGUGGUCCCAUGAAUUCCCAUUACAGUAACCCGCACAUUGACUUGUAUAUAUGUAGUUGCAGUCCAAUUUGGCAUAUGCUGUUAUUGCUGGCUUCACUCUAACAAGUAGCCUGUGCUUUUCGCACUGUUAAAAAAAAAUUCACGAAGAUGCCUAAAGGAAAUUGAAGCAGAUGCCUAAAGAUAUUGUACCAGAGGAAAUGUUACAGUCGCAGUGCCUUGAACCACUUGGGAAACUAACUGGCUUUGAGAGAGAUGCACUCUGUUGUCCAGUUAUUGCCUGCAUGAUCAUUGGCAUUUGCUUCAUUCACAUUUGAACUCUGACCUCUACUGUUGGUCCUCGGUCUGUCAUCUUCCAUCGUCUCUGUCAUCUUUCUUAUCUCAUCUUUGAGGAAGUGUCUUGCCAAGAUGUGGCGAAAAUUCACAAGAGUGUUGGUGUUUUUAUUGCAGCCUCACUUGCAGUGUGCAUGAAAAGAAAUUGGGCACAGAACAAAACAAAAAGCAAACCAGCUUUCUUAGUCUACAGUGAGUAGACCGACUCCCAACCUCGUCCCAUGGCCUGCAGGCCACGCUGCACACUGAAUCAUGCGCAGGUGUUUUUUUUUUUUUCAUUUUGACACUGCUUUGCUACAUGAUGCAGUGCAAACUAUGGUAGGCUGUUCACACAAACGCAGGGGCUUGUGAAAGAAAUUGUCAUGUACCUGUGCAGGAAAGUUGAAUUGCCAAACACCCCAGCAGGAUCACCUGUUGUUCUGUUGACCAGGGCCCACAAAAUAUAUUUCUUUGGAAACUUACCUUUCUGGGAAUGAUUGAUUUAACCAUCCAUAUUGCACUUGCUCAGUCAGCCACAGCUUGCAGCCUACCUGACACUUGGGGGCCGGUCUAUUUCCCCCCCCCCAGUGACCUCAUCCACAACUGAGAGGUGACUAUCAUACUGUCCUCAUUGAGAGAGGUUAUUCUGUACAGUGACCUUGUCUGGAGUGGUCAGCAUAAUGUCACCCAAGGCCCCAAGUUAAUGGAGUUUUUCAGCAGAUUUUCAAAACCAAAAAUCAGCUGGGAAGCAGUUUAUACAGGAAGUGUAAAUCAUACAAUAUUUUGGUCGAUAACCUUUUUAAAAACAGUUUGAAAGCAUAUGUUUCUGUGCGUACUAAAUGUCUGUGUGCACCAGCUCCAUGUAAGGCUGUGAAGGAAUAACGUGGCUGCGGCUUCAAAUUACACUCGACUCUAUGGAAAGUGGCUGCAGCCGCUACCAGAGACUCAGGUGCCCAGCCCAGAAAGGUACCAAGCAUGGAAUGACCUCGAGGACAGAACCCUACUGAUGCUAACACGUAGCUUUUCACCCACAUGACUAUUUUCAUUUGUCUCUUCCUUCUUUUUCUCCUGAACAGUGCG